ACUACUGGAGCGACCUGGUGACGUGAGGAGCGUUCCAUUCCGCCAGCGGUGGGCGGUUGCCACAGCUGGUUUAGGGCCCCGACCAUUGGGGCCCCUUGUCAGGAGGAGGCACCCUCCCUGUCAGGGAGAAGUCGCUACCACCUUUGGCUGCUGACGAGAUCCCCCGGGACAGUGCACUUUCUGCCCUCAGUCUGGCCGAGUUCAGUGUCCCUUGUUCAGGGCUCUUGAUAAUGUUUGACCCAGUGGCAACACUAGUAGACGACCUGAUUUUAAAGCUGACCUCAGCCUCUGCAUCUUCUCUCGAGUAGUCACAAAGCCCAUCUUGGACCAGGAACUGUAAUCAUGUCUGUGAUGGUGGUAAGAAAGAAGGUGACACGGAAAUGGGAGAAACUCCCAGGCAGGAACACCUUCUGCUGUGAUGGCCGCGUCAUGAUGGCCCGGCAAAAGGGCAUCUUCUACUUGACCCUCUUCCUCAUCCUGGGGACAUGUACACUCUUCUUUGCCUUCGAGUGUCGCUACCUGGCUGUUCAGCUGUCUCCUGCCAUUCCUGUGUUUGCCGCUAUGCUCUUUCUUUUCUCCAUGGCCACGCUGUUGAGGACAAGUUUCAGUGACCCUGGAGUGAUUCCUCGAGCACUACCAGAUGAAGCAGCUUUCAUAGAAAUGGAAAUAGAAGCCACCAAUGGUGCCGUGCCACAGGGCCAGCGACCACCUCCUCGUAUUAAGAAUUUCCAGAUAAACAACCAGAUUGUGAAACUGAAAUACUGUUAUACAUGCAAGAUCUUCCGGCCUCCCAGGGCCUCCCAUUGUAGCAUCUGUGACAACUGUGUGGAGCGCUUCGACCAUCACUGCCCCUGGGUGGGCAACUGUGUUGGAAAGAGGAACUACCGCUACUUCUACCUCUUCAUCCUCUCUCUCUCCCUCCUCACAAUUUAUGUCUUCGCCUUUAACAUCGUCUAUGUGGCCCUCAAAUCCUUGAAAAUUGGCUUCCUGGAGACACUGAAAGAAACGCCUGGAACUGUUCUGGAAGUCCUCAUUUGCUUCUUCACUCUCUGGUCUGUUGUGGGGCUGACUGGAUUUCACACAUUCCUUGUGGCUCUCAAUCAGACCACCAAUGAAGAUAUCAAAGGAUCAUGGACAGGGAAGAAUCGCGUGCAGAAUCCAUACAGCCAUGGCAACAUUGUGAAGAACUGCUGUGAAGUGCUUUGUGGCCCCUUGCCCCCUAGUGUCCUGGAUCGAAGGGGUAUUUUGCCACUGGAGGAAAGUGGAAGUCGACCUCCAAGUACUCAAGAGACCAGCAGUAGCCUGUUGCCACAGAGCCCAGCCUCCACAGAGCAUAUGAACUCUAAUGAGAUGGCAGAGGACACCAGCAUUCCUGAAGAGAUGCCACCUCCAGAACCUCCAGAGCCACCACAGGAGGCUUCCGAAGCUGAGAAGUAGCCUCUCUAUGGAAGAGACUUUUGUUUGUGUUUCAUUAGGGCUAUGAGAGAUUUCAGGGGAGACAACCACCUGAGACAGAGAACAAAUAAGCUGUCCCUUAUUACUAUUUUCCUUUGGUCUUUAGUCACCCAAUUACUGGCAUCUUCUUGCUGCAAACUUUUUUUUUUUUUAAUGUUUGAACUUAAGACAGUGGCAGAAGAUGCCAGUCACAUCUGGCAACUGGACAAAUGGGUCUCUUGGGACAUGGCACUGGUUGGUUUCCCAUUGUCUCAGCCACAAGGUAUCCUUGGACUCCCCUCCUCUUCCCUCCAGAUCCUAGCUCCUCUGCUGGGGGUCAUUGGUCUCUUUCUGGGGCUAAAGUGUCUCAAGACUGACUCCAGUCCUUUCCAGCUGCUGCAUGUCCCGAGUCCAGAGGCAGUCACAGAGACCUCUGGCCAGGGAAUCCUAACUGGGCUCUUUACUCCUUCAGAACUAAGAGGGACGCUGGAGGAUUCUCCUGGCUCCAAAGUGCCAGCAUUGCCAGCCAAUCCUUUUAGGAAUAGGGCAGGUACCUUCCACUUGUAUUUAUUUCUGUAGCUUCUCUUUUCUCCUCCCCCCUCCAUCUACUCUCUAACAUCCAAGUCCCACUCUUUCCCCCAUUAGAUGCUAUACGUAAGUAGUCAUGGUAGAGAUAAUACAUUUCUCCUACGUUCUCCAGAAACUUCAAUGCCUGUGCUAUUCUCAAUAAGCAUUGAUGAGAUGCCAACAACACAGCCCCUCACACUCUCUGUCUCAUCUCCCCUCUUUGCUCAUGAGUCCACUUUCAUUUUCUCCUUUUGACUCCUGCUUCAACCGGGAGCAGGACUGGCAGUAAUAAAAGUCUGCACUUUGCUGGUUUCUUUUCCUCAGGGGAAGCCUGAGUGCUCACUCAAACACUACCCCUCAAACUUCUUGUGUAAGGCCUACAGAGGCCGUGAAUGCACAAAUGGGGAAGCCAAGGCACAGAGAGGCUCUCCUCUCCUCUCCUCUCCUCUCCUCUCCUCUCCUCUCCUCUCCUCUCCUCUCCUCUCCUCUCCUCCCCUCCCCUCCCCUCCUCUCCUCUCCUCUCCUCUCCUCUCCACCUCUCCCCUCCCCUCCCUCAUCAUCCCCUCAAAACAAAAGAGAGAGAGAAAAAAAAAAAAGACUAAUCAGUACUUCCAUUAAGCCUUGGCUGAGUGAGGGAAAGCCCAGCACUGCUGCCCUGCCCUCCGGGUAUCCCGCUCCAAGGCCUCAGCCCACCUCUGGCAACGGUAACCACACCAGGGGCUUCAUCUAAGCCCCUGCUCUUCCAGCACUUCCACCGGCAGAGUCCCAGAGCCACUUGAUCCUGGGGGUGGACUGCAGCCCCCCAGGCAGCUCUGCUCGGGACCUGCGCUAUUUCAGGGAAGAAGAACUAUGUAUUAUAUGUGGCUAUAUUUCCUAGAGCACCUGUGUUUUUCUCUUUCUAAGCCAGGGUCUUGUCUGGAUGACUUACGGGGACAGGGAGGGGUGCAAACCACGACUUUUAAUCUAUUUGAAGGCGAUUAAACUGUGUCUAAUGCAA